GACACGGGAGCCUCCGCCAUGAGCAGCCGCAGCCCGCAGAGCCAGCCCACCAUCGGCUUCCCCCGCACGAGGAGCGCCCGCCGCCUCGGGGCCGCCCCUCCGGCCAAGAGCGACCCCGGCCCCUCGCCGCGCCCCAAGGCCUCGGGCUCCCCCGGCCAGGCCACUCCGGGCACACGCUCGGCCCGGGCCACAGCGCAGCCCUUGAGCCCCAAAGUACAGCCCCUGAGUCCCCGCAAGCGCCUGGGUGACGAGAACCUCUGCAACGUCCCCCAGGCCCUGCCUUGCUCCCCGGCCAAGCGCAGCAAGGAGAACCGGGGCCGGCGGCUGCUCUUCGGGGACCCCCCGGCCUCCCCCGAGCAGCCCAAGAGCCCGGGACCGACCCCGAGGAGUGGGGGGCCAGAGACCCCCCGGAGCUCGAGGGUCAAUGGGCAGAACCCUCGGACCAGGCUCUUCCGGCAGGAAGGUACCUGCUACCAGCAGGCCAAGCAAGUUCUGCACGUGGCCGUGCCUGACCGGCUGCAGGGCCGGGAACGGGAGACCGGGAUCCUGCGGCAGUUCCUGCGGGAGCACGUCCGGGGCCGCCGGCCCGGCAGCCUCUACGUGUCUGGAGCCCCCGGGACUGGGAAAACAGCCUGUCUGAGCCGUGUUCUGCUCGACUGCAAGGAUGAGCUGGCCAGGAGCAAGACCGUGGUGCUGAACUGCAUGGCCCUGGGCAGCCCCCACGGUGUCUUCCCUGCCCUGGCACAGCACCUGGGGCUGCCCACAGCCACUGGCCGGGAGCAAAUCCGGAGCCUGGAAAAGCAUCUGACGGCCCAGGGGCCCAUGGUGCUCCUGGUGCUGGAUGAGCUGGACCAGCUGGAGAGCAAAGGCCAGGAUGUGCUCUACACCCUCUUCGAGUGGACCCGGCUGCCCAGCUCCAGGCUCGUCCUCGUGGGGUUGGCCAACGCCCUGGACCUGACAGAUCGAAGCCUGGCCAGGCUGGGAGCCCACCCGGCCGGCAGCCCCCGCCUGCUACACUUCCCACCCUACACCAAGGAGCAGCUCACCCGCAUCCUGCAGGAGCGGCUGGGGCAGGUGGCCGGUGACCCCGUCCUGGAUGCAGCUGCGCUUCAGUUCUGCGCCCGCAAGGUCUCCGCGGUCUCCGGCGACGCUCGCAAGGCCCUGGAUGUCUGCAGGCGCGCCGUGGAGGUGGUGGAGCUGGAGGUGCGAGGCCAGACCCUGCUCAAGCCGCUGCCCGGGGGUGACUCCCCGGUGUCCCCCGUCCCCAAGCGCGUGGGGCUCCUGCACAUCUCCCGGGUGCUCUCGGAGGUGUUUGGGGACCGGCUGGCGGGGGGGCCCCGGGGGGCCCAGGACACCUUCCCACUGCAGCAGAAGGUGCUGCUCUGCUCCCUGCUCCUCCUCUCCCGGCACCUGCGCGCCCGCGAGGUCACCCUGGGCAAGCUCCACGACACCUACAGCCAGGUGUGCCGGAGGCAGCAGCUCCCCGCCGUGGACCAGGCUGAGUGUCUGUCCCUCGUCACCCUCCUGGAGUCCCGCGGCAUCCUCGAGCUCAAGAGGGCCAAGGAGGCCCGGCUGGCCAAGGUCUCCCUGAAGCUGGAGGAGGCGGCGCUGGAGCACAGGCUGCAGGACACGGCGCUGGUGGGCAGCAUCCUGGCCCAGGGGCUGCAUUAGCCCCCUCCCCAUGGCCCCGGGGGGGGAUUUCAGUGCUGUGGCUGGGACAGAGAAAUGGCUCCCGAAGCCUUGGACACUUGUCAAGUUGUGCCUUGGGGCCCUCAGUCUGGGGUUCUUUUAUUAAUAUUUUUAAUAUAUUAAUAUUAUUAAUGGUAUAUUAUGAUAUCUGUGGGAGCCAAGGCAGGAGGCUGGAAGACCCUCUCCCAGUGCUUUUGCAGCCCCCCCAGCCCCUUUGCAGCUGGGAGUGGUGGGUGCUGGUGCUCCUGGCCCUGUUCCCACCCCUAUGUGUGAUCCUGGGGUCUGCUGUUGCUCCUGCCAUGACCCAGGGACGAAGUGUUUGCUCCUGAUUCCUUCUGAGCCUUCCGGGGCCCUCCAGAACCUUCUGGGCCCUUCUGGCUGCAGGAAGAACCAUCCCAGUGCCAGCCCUGCUCUGGGUCCCGGUGCUGGCAGGGGCAGA